UGACUGCCACGUACUGGUUGACAGCUGAGAGGGGUCACUUCCUGAUGCUGCUCUUGCUAGGCUAGUAGCAAGCAACCUACUUUUAUUUUCACCGUUGUUUUUUUUUGUAGUGGGUAGCAAACACCAGUGAAAUACGGCGUGGUUAUAAGGAGCAGGUGGUUGGAGCUGAUAGAGUCUGGACGGCACAAUGAACGGCCAGCUCGACCUGAGCGGGAAGCUGAUCAUCAAAGCCCAGCUGGGCGAUGACAUCAGACGCAUCCCCAUCCACAACGAAGACAUCACUUACGACGAGCUUGUGCUGAUGAUGCAGCGUGUCUUCCGAGGCAAACUGCAGAGCACAGACGAGGUCACCAUCAAAUACAAGGACGAAGAUGAUGACCUCAUCACCAUCUUUGACAGCUCUGACCUCUCCUUCGCUAUCCAGUGCAGUAGAAUUCUCAAGCUCACUUUGUUCGUGAACGGCCAGCCAAGGCCUUUGGAAUCUAGUCAGGUGAAGUACCUGCGCAGGGAGCUCAUCGAGCUGAGGAAUAAAGUCAACACCCUGCUGGAUACCUUGGAGCCUCCCACAGAGCCCGGUGUGGUUACCACUGCACCAGAAAGCGAAACAGUUGAUGGACGUGAAGGCAAAGUGGCGACAACAGACUCCGCCGCCAAACAUGUGACCCCCGUCAGUGCAGCAAGCAUGUCGGCCUUUGACCCCCUGAAGAACCACGAUGAAGUCAACAAGAAUGUAAUUUCAGCUUUCGGCCUGAGCGAGGACCAGCCCCCAGCUCCGCCAGCAGCCGCCCCAGAGGAGCGCUCAGGGACCCCGGAUAGCAUCGCUUCCUCCUCGUCUGCAGCCCCUCAGCCAGGAUUGCCUCCCCAAGCACAGGCUUCCUUUCCCGGAGUACAGCAGGGACCCCCAGCUGGCAUGGAUGGUCAGGUGUACCAACAGUACCAGGCCCCAGGUGGAUACCCGCCACAGCAGCCAGGUGGCCCCCCUCAGCCGCAGUACGGAAUGCAGUAUCCUGCAGGAUACAGUUCCCAGCCGGGAGCCCCCCAGCCCGCUCCGCAGCAGCCCCAGCAGCAGCAGCAGCAGCAGUUCCAGAACUACGCGCCUCCUUCAUCCCAGGCCCCUGCCCCAGGCCAGGCCCCAGCUGUCCCAGGCUUCCAAGGUGGCCAACAGCCACAGCAGCAACAUCCUCCUCAGGGACCCCAGCAGUACCCACCAGGAGCCUUCCCUCCCCAAAACUAUACCUCCCAGGCGUCGCAGCCCGCCAACUACAGUAUGCCACCCAACUCCCAGCCUGGUUACCAGCCUCGCCCGGGGUACACCCCACCUCCAGGGAGCACCCCACCACCCGGGGCUGCUAACCCAUACGCCCGCAACCGCCCCCCUUACGGUCCGGGCUACACUCAGCCAGGCCCUGGAUACCGAUAAGAGGGGUGUGUAAAUGAUUCUCUCUCUCUCUCUCUCUCUCUCUCUCUCUCUCUCUCUCUCUCUCUCUCUCUCUCUCUCUUUCUCUUUCUCUCUCUCUCUCACACACACACAACCCAUGUGGCUCUUUGGACUUGGGGCAGGAAUCUUAGCCUCAUAUGAAUAUCAGAUCCAAAAACAAGUAAACCCUUCCGCUCAGUCUGAUGGUUAGUGUUUGUAUGCUGUCUCUCCAACAUGCCAUUAGCCUUCUUCUUUGUUUUUGUGUGUGUUCUUUCUCCACUAUUUCCUGACACCACCUCUCCUUCCCGCUUUUUUCAUUCUGAUGUAACCACAUGGAAGACAAAAACAUGCUAUUUUGUUGUGACACUUCAUUGUCUUACCUGGCGCCAUAGCUGACAUCUGACACAAUGAAACGUUACUCCGUUUUAUGUUCUUAUUUGCGUCACCCACUACCAACUGUUGGGUAUUAAGGAACACUAGCUAAGUGAAGACGUACGGGAGGAGGGGGUAAUCCCAGCGUAAAGGCUUUUUCCCUUUGUUCACCCCAAUUAAAAUCUUACUAUCACUUGUUUUUACUAAUAAAUCAUCUUCAGGUGAGAUUACUCGUCAUUGUAUAAAACUGUAACUUUUUUUUUUUCUUUGCCAAAAUAAAUAAUUGAGACCCUU